AUAUAUAAUAGUGUGAAAAAAAAGAUAACAGCGACUUCCUAUAAAUAUCUGGACAUAAGCGUACCCUUUGAUAAUCCAUCUAGAAUAAGAUAUGUACUUCAGUUGCAAUAUGUUGAAGCGAAUUAUUUUUUAUUUGUUAUUCCUUUACUUAAUUGCUUCACCCACCAAUGGCACUUCUGAAAAACCGUUCAGAAAUUGGCUUAUACAUUUAGGGAUGAGGGAGGAUCCCAGGGAUGUGACCUUCAAAUUUUAUAAUAAUACGAGUACACCACGAAAUGAAUUCACUUUGCUGAAUAGUAUGCUUAUAUCAUCAGCUGGACAGGAGGACAAUAUUCAUUCCCGAAUAAUAAAAAAUUCUGGGAUUCCGUUAGUCGAUCUUGGAGGUCAUUAUUAUUACUUUGUGACACAUGUUAAGGCCAAUUACUUCGUAGCAAUGGAAAUCUGUAGGAAUCAUGGGAUGACUCUUUUAAGCAUUGAAUCUGAAGAGGAAAAUACUAGGAUAAUCAACUAUAUCAUCAAAUAUUUAAGCAAAAUUGAACAUUUUUGGACAUCUGGUGGUGACUUGGGACAGGAAGGACGUUUUGUAUGGUUAGCUACAGGAAAACCCUAUAACUACACACAUUGGAGUCCUCCAAACCCUGAUAACGCAGGAGGAGAACAUUGUAUGGAAAUUUGGAAAAUUGGAGAUAAACAUUAUAUUUGGAAUGACAAAGCUUGUAAUAAUGACUAUCAUUUUAUUUGUGAAUUGAAAGAUUGUACUGAGUUCUGCCGUUAAUCUAUCUCUAUUGGAAGAAAUAUACAUUUUCAUUUAUUUAUUA